AUGCAGUCAAUUCGCCCCUGGUGGGCUUCACAGUUGAGGGGAGGACUGUCCUCAAGAGCAGGAUCUUUGUUAGCACAAACCUCAGCCAGAACUAAACAUUGUCGAGUAGCACAGCACUUCCGCACACCCCAGAGAUGGAGUACCACUGCGGCCUCAUCUCAGAAGGCACUUGAACGUCGCCUGCAAGAGGUGAAGGAGUCAUCCCCUGAUCCGUAUCCUCGUCUUAGAAAAUCCAGCACUUCAAUCGAUUGUUCUGAAUUCCACUCCCGCUACAGCCAUGUAGCCAUUAAUGAAACAGUAGAAGAGGACUCAGUCUCCGUAACUGGUAGGAUUCGUACAUAUAGACUAGCCGGGGGCAAGUUGAUAUUCUUCGAUAUUGUUCAGGAUGGCCAGAAAGUCCAAAUAAUGUGCAACCUUCGUCUACUAGACGGAGUGACCACAGGGGAUUUCAAGAGAUUCUACCGUCUGCUUCGCCGGGGCGAUGCCUUUUCUGUGACAGGCAAACCGCACCGCACAGGACGAGGAGAGCUCACUGUACUAGCUACUGAGCUGCCCCAACUCCUGUCCCCUUGUCUGCACGACGUCCCUCUCGAUGCUCACGAACACGAAAACUCCCCAUAUGACCGCCAUGUUCAGUUCCUCGCCGACCCUGCGAUGGUGGACGUCAUCAAGGCUCGAUCGGCCAUAACUCAAUACCUACGCCAGUUCUUCCUCGAUCGGUCAUUCAUGGAAGUCAACACCCCUAUUCUGAAUUCAAUUGCUGGUGGAGCAGUUGCACGUCCGUUUUAUACCACUGCCACUGAGUUCUCGGACCGACAGCUUUCGCUCCGAAUUGCGCCGGAGCUAUGGUUGAAGCGCUUAGUGGUAGGCGGAUUCGAUCGCGUGUUCGAGAUCGGACCGUCUUUUCGCAAUGAAGGACUCGAUAAAACACACAACCCCGAGUUCACAACAUGCGAAUUCUACAACGCUUACUCCAACCUCGACGAAUUAAUGUCCAUCACGGAGAAGCUCCUAUCCGGGAUCGCGCAACACAUCGACGAAUUCAACAGCAAAGCUGGAACCCUAAAACCAACCGCCGUAGAUUUCACGGCCCCCUUCCGCCAACUCGACUUCAUCAGCGGCAUCGAAGCCGCAGUCGGCCGCCAGCUCCCCAACCUCACAUCCCCAGAUGCCACUGAACAAACCCUCUCCAUCUUCAACGACCUCUCCCUCGAAAUCCCCUCUAACCCAACUCUCCCACGCCUCCUUGACGAACUCAGCUCCAUCUACCUCGAAUCUCAAUGCACAAACCCAACCUUUAUAAUCAACCCGCCCGAAUGUCUCUCCCCACUCUCCAAAUCCUUCACGCACCCAUCGACAAAACAGAUCGUUGCGGCGCGCGCAGAACUCUUCAUCGAGGGCAAGGAGAUUGUAAACAUGUACGAGGAGGAGAACUCGCCCUCUGAUCAGCGGCGCAAGUUCGAGGACCAACUGCGGUACUCUAGGGACGCGAAGGAGCCUGGGGAGAUUGAUGAGGAGUAUCUGAAGGCGUUGGAAUGGGGGCUUCCGCCGACGGGUGGUUGGGGGUGUGGGAUUGAUCGGCUUGUGAUGUUGUUUACGGGAAGGAAGAGGAUUACGGAUGUGUUGCCGUUUGGAAAUUUGAGGGCUGUGACGAGACGAUAG